AUGGGGCUCAUAUCACCGGAGAUUUGGCUGGAUUCUGCUACCGGCAGCUCUGAUCAACAGGUAGUUCAAAUGCAAUCAAGUCUCGGUCCUGGAUUAUCAACUAUUCCAUGGAUUCUCCAAGUUUCUCAGAUCGCCCUCUCUGGCUUGCCGCAGACUAUCAUUCUUGGUGUCUCGGUCACCCUGACUAUCUUCAACAUACUAUGGCGCCACAGGAGAGGGGAUCCAUCAAUCAGACCCAAGUCUAGGGCAUCUAAGAUAGGAUGGCCCUUUGAGUUGGCUUCCCAAGCCGCUCGCGCUGCUUCUGUGGCAUUCUGCGCGGUUUCACUGGCCCGUGGUUAUGUUCACUGGCCGAGCCUCGCUGCCCUCACAUAUGGGCUUGUCCUUGGCCUACUCCGCCUCAUUGGUGAUAUUGGCUGGCGUCACCUUGCUCUCCACCAGGUGAAUUUCGUAUUCACGGCUGUGUUCUUCCUUCACCUCGCAGCUUACUUCCUUCCAUGUGUUGAGAUUGGCUCAUCCUACAGCAGCGACUCAAGCGUUAUAGCUGGCACCCUGGCCCUAGGCGUGACUACAUGUAUCGCGGUGGUCACUCCAAGAGAAUGGGUUCCACCAAGUCUGGAGCGUGAUAUAUCCACCCAGCCCAUAGAUGAAGAACCCUCUCUCGAGGAAAAAUGCAGUUGGUUUAAUUAUUACUGUACCUAUGAGUGGCUCACACCCCUCGUCUGGAAGGGCGUACAGCGAAAGCUGGACAUGUCAAGCAUUCCAAGAUUAGCCUGGUAUGAUGAACCUCUCUAUCUCCUACGAAAGGUCCAGGAUGCUCGGUCUAUUUCAAAAAAGACUAUUUGGACCGCUCUGCGAUUCCAGAGGAGUGAGCUAUGCCUCAUGGCCCUGUGGAUCGGGCUCUCCUAUGUUGCGGAAAACAUUGCCCCGUAUGCCAUGUUCAAGCUUCUAGCCUUCCUCGCGUCACCAGAUGAUGCCCAAUACCAGCCAUGGGUGUGGUUGUCGUUACUAUUCAUUGGUCCAAUGUCCCGUUCCAUUCUCUUCCAGCAGUACGUCUUUAAUUCGACACGUCUUGUGGUUCGAGUCAAGUCUGCGAUGACGCAGGAGCUGUACUAUAAAUCUUUGGAGUCUAUGGAAAUGGAGGAAGAUCCUUUUGACAUCCAAAAGCAGAAACGAAGCGAUACUAACAACAACGGACAAGCUGAGGAGGGGAAACAGAAGAAUUCAACGACUUCUGCUGGCAGGCUAGCAAAUCUCAUGGCUGCCGAUGUGGAUGCGAUAUUCCGGGCGCGAGAUUUCAUCAUGGUUUCUGUUGGGAUACCUGCCGGAACCAUAAUCUCAUCCGUCGGUAUGUAUCGCAUGAUGGGAUGGCCUUCACUGGUGGGAAUCGUCGUUUUGGUAUUCGCUAUCCCCAUCUCCGUUGUGCUGGGGCGCAUGACCUACAGCACCCAGGCACGGGUGAGAAAGGCUCAAGAUACCAGAAUUUCCCUCGUGACCGAGUACCUAGCGUCCAUUCGUGCCAUCAAAUAUUUUGCCUGGGAAGAUGCAAUUACCCAGAAAGUCAUUGAAUCUCGGGCAAAAGAGCAGAAGCAGCUCUGGAACGUCGCCGUCCUACAGGCCAUUAUCAACCAGGUAACCCAGAUAUUCCCUUAUCUUUCUCUACUUGUCAUGUUUGGUCUGCAUGUCGGGCUCGAGAAAAAGCGGCUAGACGCGUCGGUUGCCUUCACGACCGUAUUUCUUGUCAAAAACAUACGUAGAAACAUCAUGCAGGGUAGUUAUUUUGCUCGCAAUUUUGCUGCUGCCAUGGUCGCCUUCGGCCGCCUAGACCGGUAUUUUGAAAGCAAUGUCCCUCUUGAAAAGUACCCUAUUGGGCCCCUGAGAAUAGAAAAGGGGUGUUUCCGCAGAAAUAGAAAGGCCCUUUUCAGCCUCGAGGAUAUCUCUCUAGACUUUGUCCAGGGUGGCCUGAAUACGAUUGUCGGCCCCAGCGGCAGCGGGAAGACAACCUUACUGCUUGCCAUCCUGGGAGAAACUUACCUAGAGGGUGGGCGCAUCACAAGGCCAGACGAUGUAGCCUUCUCAUCCCAAUCGUCUUGGCUUCGAAACGAUACCAUCAAGUCUAAUGUUCUCUUUGGAAGUCCUUUGGAGAAGCCUAGAUAUGAUAGAGUUAUUGACGCCUGCUGCCUCGAGGAUGACUUCAUCGAACUCUAUGAUGGAGAUCUAACCACAGUGGGUGAGAAUGGCACAUCCUUGUCCGGUGGUCAAAAGGCUCGGGUUGCAUUGGCGAGAGCACUCUAUUCUAAGGCUCCUUUGCUCCUCCUCGACGAUGUGUUUGCUGCUCUCGAUGCGAAGACUGCUGCCAGGGUGUGGGAGCGGUGCUUCUGCGGGGAUCUCCUAAAAGGGAGGACCGUUGUGUUGGUAACUCAGAUACCAUGGAUUGCUUCACAGAGUGACUUGGCUGUCACCAUGGACAAAGGAAAGGUAAAAAGUGCCGAGGUAAACAUCGGUGUUGUUCAGAAACCGAUUACCGCUGCAGAGGUACAGGAUAUUGAUGACGAAGCCCCUGAGAACGAGCUGCAGACGCCUCCAGAGUUGGAUUUGCAGCCGAGCGAUGGCCCCAUGAGCGGAGCGGCAGUCAAAGUCUCUGAAGAUACCUCUUCGAAGGAUAUUGUUAAUCAAGAAAUGAAAGCUUCUGGGAGUAUUGGACGUCUUACGUUUCUCCAGUAUAUGAGCUAUUUUGGCCAUCCUCUCCUUGCAGGAAUGUGUUUUUUCUUUCUCCUGAUCUGCAAUAUUGUCACCUUCUACAGCACAUUCUGGCUUUCCGUCUGGGUGGAGGCUUAUAAUCACAAGGCUCACGUUGACAUUGCUUAUUAUCUAGGGAUAUUUGCUCUGUUGAUAUUCCUCGAGGUCGGUUCGUAUGCCGUGGUCAUUAUCGUGUUUGAGUGGGGGGCCUGGAUGGCUGCUCGCAGACUGCACAAUGACUUUAUUCGAGCAAUUAUGCGUGUCUCCCUUUCGUGGUUCAGGGCCAUACCGAUUGGCCGCAUCACCAAUCGCUUCUCGGGAGACAUGGCCUCGAUCGAUGGACAGAUAAGCAAUAUUCUUCGGCUGACGCUCGAUUCGGUCGUGCAAUUGAUCUUCCGUAUCGCUGCCGUGAGCAGCAUCAUGCCUAUUUUCGUUUUGCCAGCCCUUUUUACAUGCAUGUUUGGCGUGGUGGUUGGAGAAAUGUACACCCGCACGGCUGUUGUCAUCAAACGCCUCACAUCUUCUGCUCAGUCUCCCGUCUUCUCCCAGUUCUCCGAUACUUUGGCAGGUCUCCCAGUUAUCAGAGCGCGGGCGGGAAUGUCGCAGGCAUUCGUGGAGGAGCUGGCUGCCAAGAUACGGGUGUGGACUGCAUCUGCGGAAGCCAACUUCAACUGCAACCGCUGGGUGGCUGUCCGGAUUGAUUUUGUGACGGCUCUGGUGGCCCUGUGUGCUGGUAUCAUUGCUGUGUCCAAGGUUGGGACAGUCGGCGCUGGCCUGGUUGGUUUCUCGCUCAGCAAUGCCAGCGGACUGAGUCAGACGAUCCUUACGAUUGUGCGUGCUAUGAAUGAUCUCGAGGUUGAGAUGCAAAGUUUUCACCGUGUGAGUGAGUUUGUCAAGUUAGAGCCAGAAGGAAAGAACGACGAAACAUACGCUGAGGAGGGCGCAUGCGCUGAUGAGGGAGAGCAUGUCAUUCCCAAGGCAUGGCCAAGUUCAGGCGACAUCGAGUUCAGAGAUGUGACAAUCCGCUACAGCCCCGACGGACCGGAUAUUCUCAAGAAUGUAAACCUACGGUUUAAAGCUGGUGAAAGAGUGGCUGUUAUUGGCCGCACUGGCUCAGGGAAGAGCACGCUCAUGUUGUCGCUUUUGCGGUUCACGCAUAUCGUGUCUGGUCAAAUACUCUACGAUGGAAUCGACAUUACCAAGGUGCCCCGACGCAGACUACGGGAAGGCCUGACCAUCAUUCCCCAAGAAGCAGUUCUUUUCAAUGGCUCUGUUGAGACUAACCUUGAUCCUACUGGGAAGGUGCCGAGAGAUGUUCUUAGUCAUGCCUUGGAUAAUUGCAAAGGUAUUGCUUCAUUCUCUGAUGAUGAUAGCGACGAUCCCGAUUCCCGUCACGAGGACGCAAGUGUCAAACUAUCCACAGAGGUUGUUGCUCGCGGCGAGAACUUUUCCCACGGGCAACGACAGGUGCUUUCGCUCUGCAGGGCACUGAUCAGACGAAGCAAACUAAUGCUACUCGAUGAGGCAACAGCCAGUAUGGAUUACGAAACGGACCGAGGUAUCCAGAGUGUGUUGCGUAGCGAAUUAGCAGCUGCCGGGGGAGACAGCACCUUGGUCACUAUUGCCCAUAGGCUACGCACAAUAAUUGACUACGAUACGGUUGUGGUUAUGAGUGCGGGCAGGGUCGUUGAACUCGGCCCGCCCAAGAGUUUAUACAAAACCAAGGGCUAUUUCUAUGACAUGGUCUACAACAGCGGCGAGAUGGAGGAGCUACACGAAGUUCUUGAAGGGCAAAAUGAACUAUAA